AUGACCUCUAAAGCCUUCAAGUUGAAAGGCCUCUCUGAACAAGUCUGUAACGACUUCAUCAGAGACACUGGGAUUAGACUUCAAGAGCGCCUAGCCAGAGAAGCUGAGGAGCGGGAAAGGAUGGAAGAUAAAGAGAAAGCGCGCCAAGAAGAACUUCAUAGAAUUAGAGAAGCUGAAGCAAAGGUUGUUGUUGAUGUUGCUGCUACUGAGGAUGAGGCAAAAGCUAAAGUCGACACUGAAGAAGCAACUCACAUUACUGAAGAAGUUGUUGCCAAAGCCAACGCUGAUGAACUGAUUCAGGGGGAGCACUCCAACUCCGGGUUCGUCCCUCUGGUCUUGAAGACUCUAGAGGAACUGCAGAAAGAACAACAGGUAGUUCGGGCCAGGCUGGAUCAACAGGACUCAAUCAAUGUCAACAUUCAGAAAAUGUUGUCCCAACUGCUCCAAAGGAUGCCUCCGCCUUCAAACCCUUAG